CAGGCCGCCGCCAUGUUUUUGUACGGCGGGAGCGCGAAGGACGCUGGGACCUACUGGGCUAGUUUUGAAGACGAGGAAGGCGGGAACUCACAUUCCUGGCCUGGCUGAGCAAGAGAAGUAAGAAAACAAGGAAAUCUAGGUCCCCGUUCCCACCUGCCUGGGCAGCUUCAUAGAAAGGCUGUUAGAAAUCUGCGGAUGAGAUGGAGCCAGCGAAUACUUUACGUGAAGACGGCGAGUGCAAAGGAGGUAUUUUAGCUCACUUGGAAAGACUGGAGACUCAAAUGAACAGAUCUCAUAAACGGUUUGAAGGGCCACAGAGGACACAGGCAGAGGAAAGCACUCUUGGGACCAGGAUUCAUAAACUGAGACUUCUGCGAGAUAAGCUGAGGGCUGAAGUGAAGCAGCGGCAAGCCGAGAUUGAAGCAUCUGCCGCCAGUACAGAGCCUGACCAGACACUGGAGACAAGUGAACAGGAAGUUUUAGAGACAAAGCUGGAAAACCUGAAAGCACUUCUACAGGCGUACCAUUUUACAGGGCUCAGUGGUAAACUGACCAGCAGAGGAGUCUCUGUCUGCAUCCACACUGCUUUUGAUGGGAACCUCUUGGAUUCCUAUAUCGUGGACCUUGUCAUAGAGAAACCACUUUGGAUACAUCACCAUUCAGUUCCAGUCUUCAUUCCUCUAGAAGAGAUAGCGGCAAAAUACUUACAGACUGAUGUCCAGCACUUCCUGUUCAGUCUCUGCGAACACCUAAAUGGUUAUGCUGGGAGGAAGUACCAGGCAGAUCGACUUCAGAGUGACUUUGCAGCGUUUCUGGCUGGGCCCUUACAGAGAAACUCACUGUGCAACGUGUUGUCAUUUACUUACAAAGUGGAGCUAGGGGGUCAGUCCUUCCUGUUUUGUGCCAGACUGUUGUAUAAGGACCUCACAGUGACGCUUCCAACUGACGUCACAGUUACACAUCGAGGGACAGACGCAUUAUCCACGUCAUGGGAAGAACAGCGAGUCUCCCAUGAAAAUUUGUUUCGUACAACGUCACUACAUAAAGCGUUCACUUCAUUUGCUGGAGGAGAAAAGUUGAAUAUGAGCCUGCCCCCCUGUUAUUUCCAUUGAGAAAAUGUCAGAAGUGAGUACAAUAGUACUGUACACAGUUCCAGGCAGGGUUCCAGGAACUGAAAACUCUUGAACAGCUCAGACUCGUUGGGGACCGUCCUUGCAAUGAGAACAGACACCUAUCUCUUCAUCAGGACG